UCUACGAAACUGACAAUAUGGCGACCUUUCGCUUGGUUUACAAAAAUCAAAUUCAGCACGUGUGUAAAGGUGCCAAACUACAAUCGUGAAAAUAUGGGUGAUAAUAGACAGGAGCAGACUUACGAUGGCCCCGCCGGAAUGAAUCCAGACGGAGUCAUCGAGUCCAACUGGAACGAGACCGUCGACAACUUUGACGACAUGGGUCUGAAGGAGCAGCUGCUUCGCGGCAUCUAUGCCUAUGGUUUCGAGAAGCCGUCUGCUAUCCAACAACGCGCUAUUAUGCCGUGCAUCAAGGGUCACGAUGUCAUUGCCCAGGCCCAGUCUGGAACUGGUAAAACUGCAACGUUUUCCAUCGCGAUCUUGCAGCAGAUCGACACCAGCAUUCCAGAAUGCCAAGCGCUGAUUCUGGCUCCAACCCGAGAGUUGGCCACCCAGAUCCAGAAGGUAGUGAUCGCCCUUGGUGAUUACCUGAACGCCCAAUGCCAUGCUUGCAUUGGAGGUACGAAUGUCCGCGAUGACAUGCGUAAACUGGAGAUGGGUUGCCACAUCGUGGUCGGAACCCCGGGACGUGUGCAUGAUAUGAUCAAUCGCAGCUUCCUGCGAACCACCCACAUCAAGCUGUUCGUCCUGGACGAAGCUGAUGAAAUGUUGUCCCGUGGUUUCAAGGACCAGAUUCAGGACGUUUUCCGUAUGUUGCCCAACGAUGUACAGGUCAUUCUUCUGUCUGCUACCAUGCCAGCUGAAGUGUUGGAAGUCUCCACCCACUUCAUGCGCGAUCCGAUCAAGAUUCUGGUCAAGAAAGAGGAAUUGACACUGGAAGGUAUUAAACAGUUCUACAUCGACGUAAAACAGGAAGGCUGGAAACUUGGUACACUGUGCGAUCUGUACGACACGCUCUCAAUCACUCAGGCCGUCAUUUUCUGCAACACCCGUCGCAAGGUCGACCAGCUGACUGCCGAUAUGGCCGCUGAGAGUUUCACCGUAUCUUCCAUGCACGGUGACAUGGACCAGCGUGAUCGUGACUUGAUUAUGAAGCAGUUUCGUACUGGAUCGUCCCGUGUCCUCAUCACCACGGAUCUUCUCGCUCGUGGUAUUGACGUGCAGCAGGUUUCCCUAGUUAUUAAUUAUGAUCUACCAACGUUACGAGAAAAUUACAUCCACAGAAUCGGUCGAGGUGGACGUUUCGGUCGUAAGGGAGUUGCUAUUAACUUCGUUACUGAAGCUGACAAGAGAGUGCUGACAGACAUUGAGAAACAUUAUAACACCACCAUCGAGGAGAUGCCAGCAAACUUGGCUGAUAUGCUGUAAUUCCUACUCUCCCAGCAACACACAACAAAAAGAGCAGCCGUAAUUAAAAAAAAACAUCAGCAACGUCAACUU